GCGUUGGAAGCGCCUCUGCGAUUGGAGGCGGCUUAUAUAGGCUGGACGGGGGGCGCAGCGCGUCCCUGCUUAGUGCCUCUUGGUGGGGGGAAGCAGCGAAGGACCCCCGGCUCUUGUGACCCGCACAGAAGCCGCUCUCGGCCGGUUGGGAAGGUUAGAACGAGGGCUCUGCAGGAGCCUGGCCUGCUGAUUUUGGAAAAAUGCAUCGCAAUAACAAAGGGGAGGAGAAAGCACAAACUGGGGGGCGGGAGGCCCUUCACGUUGCUAUGGAGUCUUGUGCCAAUCAAAAUCCCCCUCGGAGGGCUGUUCUUGGGGUGCUGACUGAAAAUGGGCAGUGUCUGAGAUCCUGUGGCCAGGGAACCACCACCAUGCGAUAUGUCUCUGGGUCUGAAAAUGUCUUUCCUGUUCCUGGAAAAAAUGUGUUACCUGCCUGUGCAUCUUCAAAACAGGACUUCACUGUUUAUGUAGAUGAACUAGAACAGAAAAAUACCUAUAACAGCACUGUUGUAGAAGAAGUGGAACAAAGCAUGUGUGAAAUAGACACCACUGUGCUGAAACCCAGCUUUCACCUGCUGUUGGACUUGAGUACAGUGUCUCCAAUGCUGGUCGAUACCUCACUGCGGUCACAAAAUGAAGAUUCCCAGGGUCACAGAGUGGAUGUCGUGGGCAUUGUAGAAUAUGCUGAAGAUAUUUAUUGCUACCUGAGAGAGGCUGAACAGGUCCAGAAAAGGCCGAAGCCCUGCUACAUGAGGAAGCAGCCAGAUAUCACCGUCUGUAUGCGCACAAUUUUGGUAGAUUGGCUGGUAGAAGUUGGGGAAGAAUACAAGCUUCACACAGAGACUCUGUACCUCGCUGUAAACUACUUGGACCGCUUCCUGUCUUGUAUGUCUGUCCUUCGAGGAAAACUUCAGCUUGUAGGAACAGCAGCAAUGCUCCUAGCUGCAAAAUAUGAAGAAAUCUAUCCACCAGAGGUAGAAGAAUUUGUAUAUAUAACAGAUGAUACGUACACCAAAAAGCAGUUACUGAAAAUGGAACACUUGCUUCUCAAAGUUCUGGCUUUUGACUUGACGGUGCCAACCAUCAACCAGUUUCUUCUUCAGUAUUUACAGAGGCAUGGUGUCUGCCUUAAGACUGAGAAUUUUGCCAGGUAUGUAGCAGAAUUGAGCCUACUUGAAGCUGAUCCAUUCCUGAAGUAUCUUCCAUCACAGAUGGCAGCUGCUGCUUACUGUCUAGCAAAUUAUACUGUGAACAGGCAUUUCUGGCCGGAAACUCUUGUUGCCUUCACUGGAUACUCACUAAAUGAGAUAGUGCCUUGUCUGAGCGAUCUGCACAAAGCGUGCCUUGAUGCUCCUUAUCGGCCACAGCAAGCGAUAAGAGAAAAAUACAAGAUGACCAAGUACAUGCAAGUAUCCCUCCUGGAGCCGCCAGCUGUCCUUCCUCUGCAGUGAACUGCACUGAAACUGAAGCACUUGCCUCUGAUCAAUAGAGUUGAUCGUCCCAGUGUUUGCAGGGCACUGCAGGUCAUGUGUCAACAUGCUGCUGAAACUAUUUUUAGCCCCCAUUUUAGCAUGUAGCCAUACCUCAUUACAAGGACUCAGGACUAUAGUUUUAACCCAGACUAAAAGCACUUUUAAUAAACAUCUCCAAUGGUUGAAAACCU